AUGCCUGGUAUUUCAGGAAAGUACACCGGUCCGAAGUCGCUGGUGGCACUGCGAGCGGCAUUAGCGGACUCAACGGGCGACAAGUCCACUGUUUCGCUCAAAGGCAGUUUUAUUAGUGUUAUUUAUAACUUGUCGAUAAACGAUAAAGAGUAUAAGGAGAAGUAUUUCACUGUUCGAGUCCCUGAACAUCCUAAGUCAUGUGAGCAUGCCCUGAAGCUGGGCCUCGAGCAUCUGUAUGAGGAGACCGAAUCAGAUGGAGUUUGGAUAUCUAAUGCAUUCAAUCGUUUUACACCAAUUGAAGUGGAAACUCGAUUGAAGGAGGUGGCUGAGGAGUCUGUCGCUAACAAGAGCUAUCGGCCGGUUCGAGACCUUGGAGGAGGCGGCAUCAGCCCGGGAAAACCCAUGUGGGAUGUAGCACUGAACUCAAAUCUUUCUGAGGCGUGCCUCAGCCAUGACGACCCAGUGGAGCUCGCUUGGCGGCUAGAGCCCCUCGACGUAUUCAUCGGUCCCUUUUUGAACGACCGAACAGGAGACAGCGACACUGCACUACUCGUAGACUUUUUGGACUCAAGGGAAAUACCUCCUUUCGCUGCCUAUGCUAACUCGAAGGGGCUCCUCGUCGACGGCCACUUAUCUUGUAUGAAUACGAUGAACACCUUCGUACGAGCCGGCUACGGCACGGAUUACCACUCAGACGAUAUCUCCAUCCUGGCUUUGAGAGGAGACUUGGAAAAGGCGAUGCGCGACACUAUGAUGAAUGAUGUGGCGGAAAAUGGAGUACCGAUACUCCGUAAACGAAAGGUUCUGCUCGUGGUGAGUCUACCCUUGAACAACUGGAAUGAUGACUUCACCUGUCAGCACGAAACUCUCGAAGUCAUUGGACACAACGCAGACAUCCAACAGCAGACGUCAGGCAAGUUAUCUCUCUCGAGAAGAAAAAAGUUGAUGGUUUGCAAGCCUGGUGAUGAUGGAGGCCUCGAAUGGAUCGUACAAGAACCAAAACUGAAAAAAAGAAGAGAGAAGGACAGAAAGACCUACAUUGAGCUCAGGAUUGAACCCGACAAGAAACUCCCUCUUCUCAUUUCUCGAUCGGAGUAUCCAGAUCUCACAAUUUGUUCAACGGCACUCGAAGCGGCUAUGAAGGACCUGUACAAGGGUUCGAUCGCAAACACCAUCACUAGAAGCGAGCUUGUCUCCGACAUAUCUCGAUACUUGAUGGCUAUCAAGGGAGUUGCGGAUCUCCGCAAGGGGGAGAGGCCGAAGAUUAAGCGGAGCGCGAAGUCAUUGCUAGUCGCAGCUAGCGGAGCAUUUGAGGUCUUCGAGUGUCGGGCCCGAGAGGAAGGGGAUCAGACCCUUUGGUGGCGUCUUUGGCGUAGAGAUGACUUUAUCCGUUUCUACCAUUGGAAGCCCAACGUGCUGAUUGAAAGGCCCCAGUCUGAGUUCACUGCCACCUUCUUAGUGGACGGCGUUGAAUACGGUGUCGAUUUGCCUCUGGAGAAGAGCCGUUACAUAAAGACCCUGUUGGAAGGGGACGAGAAUACGGAAUACGAUGAACCAAACAUCUGCCUGAUUAUCAUGAACGACGCCAAACUCGCCCUCCGGACGGGCGAUUCCGGCAUGGUUGAGCAGGGGAUCGAGAACGCAGACUACAGUCUAAAGCAGCUUAGGAAUGAUAUCCUGCUGUAUCAGCGAGCCCUCAGUGAUGGCCUCAAGGAUGCGAAAUUUGAGAAAAACACGCCGAGAGAGUUUUCAUGUUACAGUCGAGACGUUAAAUUUCGAUGGAAAGCUUAUAAGGUGAAAUACACAGGGCCGCCGUCGAUCGUAAGCCUGAGAGGAGCUCCGGGAGAGUAUGUUGGCACGGCGCCGUCUGCUGCACUCAAAGGAGCAUUCGUGAGCCUAAUUUUCAGUGCUAAGAAGAAGAACGAUAAGCACGAAGAUAAGUAUUUCACUGUUCGAGUCCCUGAGCAUCCUAAGUCAUGUGAGCAUGCCCUGAAGCUGGGCCUCGAGCAUCUGUAUGAGGAGACCGAAUCAGAUGGAGUUUGGAUAUCUAAUGCAUUCAAUCGUUUUACCCCAAUUGAAGUGGAAACUCGAUUGAAGGAGGUGGCUGAGGAGUCUGUCGCUAACAAGAGCUUUCGGCCGAUUCGAGACCUUUCCCAAGCGUGCUUUGCCUUCGACGACUCCACUAGCUUGGCUUGGCGGUUGGAGCCCCUAAAAUUAUUCCCCGGCCCUUUUGUGAACUUCCAGACGGGGGAGAGUGACACUGCACUACUCGUAGACUUUUUGGACUCAAAGGAAAUACCUCCUUUCGCUGCCUAUGCUAACUCGGAGGAGCUCCUCGUCGACGGCCACUUAUCUUGUAUGAAUACGAUGGACACCUUCGUACGAGCCGGCUACGGCACGGAUUACCACCCAGACGAUAUCUCCAUCCUGGCUUUGAAAGGAGACUUGGAAAAGGCGAUGCGCGACACUAUAAUGAAAGAUGUGGCGGAAAAUGGAGUACCGAUACUCCGUAAACGAAAGGUUCUGCUCGUGGUGAGUCCACCUUCGAACAACUGGAAUGAUGACUUCACCUGUCAGCACGAAACUCUCGAAGUCAUUGGACACAACGUAGACGUCCAACAGCAGACGUCAGGCAAGUUAUCUCUUUCGAGGGGUAAGAAAUUGAUGGUUUGCAAGCCUGGUGAUGAUGGAGGCCUCGAAUGGAUCGUACAAGAACCAACUGGAAGAAGCUUAUAUCAAGAGUUCGCCAUGAAGGCAGUCACGAAGGCUGAGCUUAUUCGUGAUGUAUCGCACUAUUUGGUGUCUAUUGAGGAAGCUGGAAACGAGUCGAGGAAGGAGGACAAGGCUGAGUCCAGUCCCUUCCCGUCUACGGCCGGCAUGCGGUAUCCUGAUUCUCCUGCCCUUAAGUCACCGAAGAGCGUAGCCAGUGGCUCUUUGAUCAUUGAUAAGCAUUUGAAGUCCCCGGUCACAGAGUGCAGUAUCAAGUUGGAAGGCCGCAACAGGAUCCGAUGGAGAAUUCGAGAUAGAGGAUCAUUCGAGUCCUUGGACCACCACAAAACCGCACGGCUCUUGCUCGAUUCAACGGCGAAACAUGUCAUUACGAUUGUUGUCGGACAAGUAGAGUACGGCGUUUAUAUUCCUACGAUCGAAUCACAGUUGCGAGACGCUAAGUUUUGUGGAGACCUCCUGAAGCGUGCAUUGACGAGAAUCUAUAGCCUGAAGCAUGAACCUGAGAUGGAUCGAGUGAUGCCCAAAGUCACUUGGGCACAGCUUGUUAAUGAUCUCAGCAUAAUGGUUACUCUCGAGGAGAUUGGAUCGUCAGCCCAGGUAUGUUCUCCCAUGGCAUGCAAUCAAAUAUCCGAAAGUCAGCUUGAGGAGGCGAAGAGAUCCAUAUGUAUUCAAAUGUUGGCACGAUGCUGUGAACUUCACAUGGGAGUCGAGCCGAAGUAUUUGACAGUUAGACUUGACCAAUCCAGUACCUCGUGUGAUGACGCCCUUAGACAGGGUCUCUGGGCCUUGUAUGGCUCUAUGGGAUCUGCUGGAUACCCGAUGUUCACACCGAGUGAGGUCCAGUCGCACAUUGCCAAGUACAUCAGUAAAGCUCUCGAUGCCAAAAGUCAUAAGAAGAGAGACAAUUUUGUGCCGCAGAAGAACCUGGUUGAGCUGUGGGAGAGAACGGGGACAGAUGAGGACCUGAAGGAUCGGCCUCUGGUCAACUUACUGAAGAAUUCGAUACGGGUGAGGAUCUGUGAAGCCAGUGACGCCAUGAAUGCUCUUCGGUGGUCCCAUAUUGAUAGAACUGAUUAUGGUGGAGCAUAUGUUGAAUUGCCACAAGAAGACUUUGGCAGUGUUUUGAGUGUGAAGUUCACCAACACAGAGGAUCUCCUGUGA